AUGUCGGCUAAAGCCAUUUCAGAACAGACGGGAAAAGAGUUCCUGUACAAGUACAUCUGCACCACAGCCGCGGUGCAAAACCGUUUUCGCUACGCCAGGGUUACCGCUGAAACAGACUGGGAACGUCUGACCCAGGACCAUCCAUGGCUCCUUACUGAGCGACUGGUAGUGAAGCCAGACCAGCUGAUUAAGCGCCGAGGGAAGCUGGGAUUGGUUGGUGUUGACCUGGAUCUAGAGGGCGUAAAGGAAUGGCUGAAAACACGAAUGAUGAAAGAGACCACAGUAGGAAAGGCAAAGGGCAUCCUGAAGAACUUCCUCAUCGAGCCGUUUGUUCCACACACACAGAAUGAGGAGUUCUACGUGUGCAUUUACGCCACGCGUGAGGGGGAUUACGUGCUGUUCCACCACGAGGGCGGGGUGGACGUUGGCGACGUGGACGCCAAAGCUCAGAAGCACCUGGUGGGCGUGGCAGAGAAACUGUCCGAGGAGACCGUCACCGAGCAGCUUCUCACACAUGUUACAGAUGAGAAGAAAGAGGUCCUGGCCAGUUUUAUCGUGGGACUCUUUAACCUGUAUGAAGAUUUGUACUUUACAUACUUGGAAAUCAAUCCACUUGUGGUCACUCAGGAGGGCGUGUAUGUACUGGACAUGGCUGCCAAAAUCGAUGCUACAGCAGACUUCAUCUGCAAACCCAAGUGGGGGGAUGUGGAGUUCCCCCCUCCUUUUGGCAGAGAGGCCUACCCUGAGGAGGCAUACAUAGCCGACUUGGAUGCAAAGAGUGGAGCCAGUCUCAAACUGACCCUGCUCAACCCCAGAGGCCGAAUCUGGACCAUGGUGGCAGGGGGAGGAGCAUCAGUGGUGUACAGUGAUACGAUUUGUGACCUGGGUGGGGUUGAUGAGUUGGCCAACUAUGGAGAAUACUCUGGUGCUCCCAGUGAACAGCAGACCUAUGACUACGCCAAGACCAUCCUAUCACUGAUGACUCGAGAGAAACACCCUGACGGAAAAGUUCUGAUUAUCGGAGGAAGCAUUGCUAACUUCACUAACGUGGCUGCUACCUUCAAAGGUAUUGUCAGAGCCAUUAAAGACUAUCAGGGGCCUCUGAAGGAACAUGAGGUGACCAUCUUUGUGCGCCGUGGGGGGCCAAACUAUCAGGAGGGUCUGAGGGUGAUGGGAGAAGUCGGAAAGACCACGGGGAUCCCCAUUCACGUCUUUGGCACAGAGACCCACAUGACGGCUAUUGUUGGCAUGGCCCUGGGACACCGGCCAAUCCCCAACCAGCCUCCAGUCGCUGCUCACACAGCCAACUUCCUGUUAAACUCUAGCGGCAAUGCCACCACGCCAGCAGCUACCAGAACCGCCUCUUUCUCAGAGGCCAAAGUCACUAACGACGUCACUCCUGCCAAGAAACCCAAACCCGGUGUCCCGCCAGCCAAAGCCACUACUUUGUUCAGCAGGCACACAAAGGCUAUAGUGUGGGGCAUGCAGACGCGGGCAGUGCAGGGCAUGUUGGAUUUUGACUACGUGUGCUCACGUGAUGAGCCCUCAGUGGCUGCCAUGGUCUACCCCUUCACUGGGGACCAUAAACAGAAGUUUUACUGGGGUCACAAGGAGAUCCUGUUGCCUGUUUAUAAGAACAUGGCCGACGCCAUGAAGAAGCAUCCGGAAGUGGACGUUCUCAUCAGCUUUGCCUCACUGCGCUCCGCUUAUGACAGCACCAUGGAAACCAUGCAGUACCCACAGAUUCACACCAUCGCUAUCAUAGCAGAGGGGAUUCCUGAAGCCCUUACCCGCAAACUCAUCAAAACAGCCGACGAGAAAGGCGUCACCAUCAUCGGCCCGGCAACAGUGGGGGGUAUAAAACCUGGCUGCUUUAAGAUCGGGAACACGGGGGGAAUGCUGGACAAUAUCCUGGCGUCCAAGCUGUACCGGCCGGGAAGCGUGGCUUACGUUUCCCGCUCGGGAGGCAUGUCCAACGAGCUGAACAACAUCAUCUCCCGUACCACGGACGGCGUGUACGAGGGAGUGGCCAUCGGAGGAGACAGAUACCCUGGCUCCACCUUCAUGGACCACGUGCUCCGGUAUGAAGACACGCCCGGAGUGAAGAUGAUCGUGGUGCUGGGAGAGAUUGGAGGAGUUGAGGAGUAUAAGAUCGGACAGGGGAUUAAAGAGGGCAGGAUCACUAAGCCAGUGGUGUGCUGGUGUAUUGGAACUUGUGCUACCAUGUUCUCCUCUGAGGUGCAAUUUGGGCAUGCAGGAGCGUGUGCUAAUCAGUCAUCAGAGACAGCUGUGGCCAAGAACCAGGCACUGAGGGAGGCAGGAGUGUUUGUCCCCAAAAGCUUUGAUGAACUGGGUGAUGUUAUUCGGUCAGUGUACGAUGACCUGGUAGCCAAUGGGAUCAUCAUUCCCGCUCAAGAGGUGCCACCCCCAACAGUGCCGAUGGAUUACUCCUGGGCCAGAGAGCUUGGGCUUAUCCGUAAACCUGCUUCCUUCAUGACGAGUAUCUGUGACGAGAGAGGACAGGAGCUUAUCUACGCUGGCAUGCCCAUCACAGAGGUCUUCAAAGAGGAGAUGGGCCUUGGGGGAGUCCUGGGUCUGCUCUGGUUCCAAAGGAGGUUACCCCGAUAUGCCUGUCAGUUCAUUGAGAUGUGCCUGAUGGUGACUGCGGAUCACGGGCCAGCAGUAUCUGGAGCUCACAACACCAUUGUUUGUGCACGUGCUGGGAAAGACCUUGUCUCCAGUUUGACCUCUGGGCUGCUCACCAUCGGGGAUCGGUUUGGAGGGGCCCUGGAUGCUGCAGCGAAGCAGUUCAGUAAAGCGUUUGACAGUGGCAUGUUGCCUAUGGAGUUUGUCAACAAGAUGAAGAAGGACGGCAAGCUCAUAAUGGGAAUCGGACACAGAGUCAAAUCGCUCAAUAACCCUGAUAUGAGGGUGCAGAUCCUCAAAGACUUCGUUAAACAGCACUUCCCAGCCACCCAGCUGCUGGACUACGCCCUGGAAGUAGAGAAGAUAACCACCUCUAAGAAGCCAAACCUGAUCCUGAAUGUAGAUGGCUUCAUCGGCGUGGCCUUUGUGGACCUGCUCAGAACAUGUGGAGGAUUCACUCGAGACGAGGCAGAUGAAUUUGUAGAGAUUGGAGCACUUAAUGGAAUCUUUGUCCUGGGACGUAGCAUGGGUUUCAUUGGUCACUACCUAGAUCAGAAGCGUCUGAAGCAGGGCCUGUACCGCCAUCCGUGGGACGACAUCUCAUACGUUCUUCCUGAACACAUGUCCAUGUAA